AUGUUUAAUAUAUAUACAUAUAGAUACCCCACCACAAAUUCUCUCUCUGUAAUGUAUAAUUGCCCUACUUUCCUUCAAAUCCGAACUCUGUUAUAUCAGUUUCAAAACACUAUCUCCUCCCUUUUUAAGCUUGUCUCGACUCAUUUGGUCUCUUGAAGAUGUCAAGAAAUUGUUUAUAUAUAUAUAUAGUUUGUGCUCUCUAUCAUAAGUAAUUCUCAAGUUACAUAUUCCUGUUUCCAUGCUUCUUUACUUUUAAUAGAAUUUUAUAGCUUCUCCUUGAUUUUCUUCCUCAACUAACGUGUCCUGGAGCUAUGGAUGGCCAAAGCAGGAAUACUGAUCUUCGUGAUGCUUCAUUUUCUUAUCUCACUUCAGCUCAACAGAACUUUGUUGUCAAGCUGACAGAGUCGAUUCAAUUUCCUCAACCUGACAUAACCUUAAACCAAGAAAUUUCCACUAUCCCAAUUAACUUGGAGAAGCCUAAGGCUGAAGAGGGCGAAAUCAGCGUCUUUGGUGCUGAGAAAUAUUUUAACAUGAGAAUUGAAGAUGAUCAAACCCCACGAAGCAUUCAUGAUAACGGAGGCAAUAAAUUUGCCCACGAGCAUCCGAUAGAGAACCGAUCAGUUGAUCUUCACCGGAUGAAAUCAAAAGGCAGGUUGGGAACUCCAAGUGUAAGUUCUGAAUCAAGUUGGAAUAGCCAAACUGCUUUAUUGCCAAGUACCAGGAGAAACUUAGCUCAUACCGGCCAAAAGAAAGUUAAUGAAAGAUGGUUCUUUCCUGGUUUUGCUUGUCAUGGAUCUUGCUCUGAUGACAAAUCUGUUUUUAUUGAUACAAAUGCUACUCAUAAAGGACCUCAAGUCGCUGGCAUGUCAGAUGGAAGAAAACAGCCUCAAUCAAGAUUAGCGAAAGAUGAUCAGUUUCGCAGCCCAAGUUUUGAAAAGAAGAAUAUUGGUCCAAAAAGAGAAGACUACCUUGUACUACCAACAGUAAAUUCUGGAGUGCAGAACUUACAAAUUCAAAACCUGCAGAAACUGAAGUUCCUGGAAGAAGACCCCAGGAAAUCACUGGAGGUUUUUGGUUCGCAUACGAUAAAGAAGGAAGAGAUAGCAACAAACUUGGAGAGGAAACUUUCUGUUCUAACUUGGGAUGCUAUUCCAUUUCCUAAGGCACAAAACCUGCCAUCAAAUUCUGCUAGCAGCCAGAUAUAUGAAGAUGGAGAAAGUGAUGUUAGUUCUGAUCUUUUCGAGAUAGAGAACAUUUCCUGCAGUACACAACCAAUAUUCAGUAAGCAAACUUCUGAUGGUAUGUCGGGCUGUAUGACUCCGGCAAGCCGGUAUGAGCCUAGUGAAACCAGCAUAGAGUGGAGUGUUGUAACCGCCAGUGCUGCUGAUUUCUCUUUUGUCUCUGAUUACGACGAACGGAAACCUGCAGAUAGGACUGGUUUGACAUCAACGCCGAGAAUCCGCCGCCCAAAUAGUCUACUGGGUUGCAAGAAUCAUAAAGCAGUGGAAGUUGCUGAAACUGGAUAUAGGAGAAAUGAAAAAGGUAAGCCUCGCUUGCAUCAUCAGCAUAGAAGGUCAUUAGACGCCAUGCAAGUAAUGAAGUUACCAGGUGAUUCUAAGGUGAAAGAUUUUGACUUCCCUUGAUUGCUGCUUGCUCUUGUUGUUAUUAUUAUUAUUAUUAUUAUUAUCAUUAUUAUUAUUAGUAUUAUUAUUAUUUUACCAAGGAAGAGCUCUCCCCUUCGCCACAGUACUCUUAGUGCAUGUAUGAAAUAUUUUCCUGGGUGAGAUUAGCUGAUAAUUGUUCUUCUUUUUCAUCCCAAAUAAGAAAUAAAAUUCUUUUUCUUGGUAA